AUGCAGGUCAUCCUCGGUAAUAAGCGGGCUCCUCCCCUCUCCACCCGGGCACCGUUCUCACUCAGAAAACUACCGGCUCAUCCGGAAGUGAUAGAGGCAGGUCGAGCAGCUCUGACCAAGUAUGGAGCUGGACUGAGUUCCGUGAGGUUCAUCUGUGGAACGCAGGAUAUCCAUAAGGAGCUGGAAGGGAAGAUAUCCCAGUUCCACGGACAUGAGGACACUGUGCUCUAUGCCAGCUGUUUCGAUGCUAAUGCCGGCCUAUUCGAGGCACUCCUGACAGAGGAAGACGCUCUCUUCAGCGACCAGCUGAACCACGCCAGUAUCAUUGAUGGUGUAAGACUGGCCAAGACAAACAAACACCGCUACACCCAUCGCAACAUGUCUGAGUUAGAACAGCUACUGAAGGAGAACCAAAAUCGAAGGCUGAAGAUCAUUGUUUCAGACGGUGUGUUUAGCAUGGACGGAAACCUGGCCCCUCUGAGGGAUAUGUGUCGUCUGGCCAGUGACUACGGUGCUUUGGUGUUUCUUGACGAGUGCCAUGCAACUGGCAUUCUUGGAGCCACAGGCAGGUAGAAUGUGCUGGGGCUGUGUGUUCUCUGUACCCUUGCCUGGCGCAUGUCGGGGCACGUGUGUAUGUGUGUGUGAACUAAGACCCCCCCACUAGUCCAGCAUAAAGACCUGGUUAUAAUGAUAAAGAGCCCGGUGCAUUAGCCAGGCUGGCUCCGAGCAGCCAGGCAGGAAAACAGUACAGCCAACGUGAAUGUUUUGUCCAUCGUCCGCCCCCAGACCUGAGGCAAUUUAUUGUGCACACACACAUCUUCUGAUGCCCGUCUUCCUGCUGAGGCUUCUGGUGGUGUGUUGUCCCUGGCAGCUUCUGGUAUCUCAUUCAUCUCUACACUGAGGGAUUUUCGAUGCUGUGUGUUUAUACACAUUGAUAGAAAACACACAAAUAGUGCCUGACAUCCCUUCUCCCUCCAGAGGAACCGAGGAGCGUGCCAGACUCACAGGGAAAGUGGACAUCAUUAACUCGACUCUGGGGAAGGCCCUGGGAGGUGCGGCCGGAGGAUACACUACUGGACCUCGCGAACUCAUUGACCUCUUACGACAGAGGUCGCGACCUUAUCUCUUCUCCAACAGUCUCCCUCCUGCAGUUGUAGCCAUGGCUAGCAAGGUGUGCUUGCUCCCCACCCAUCAAAACAUCAAGUUACAAAAGACCAACCAGACCUGUCAUAAGGCUUGAUGUAUUUGUACGUAGGCUACAGAGGAACAAAGAUUUUAUUUACGGCGUGUGCGACGGAAGUAAACACUAGUCAUCAAGUGGUUUGGGCCAUUUGGGCAUUGGCAGAUGCUAAGAUCACCGCCAACCAAACGUCUGUUUUAUAUCUAAUCAGCCUAUCGUUAUAGCUCAGUUAACCCCUGCCAGGUGCGUCCAGCUUUUAAUGAUCGUUAUUGACGUGGAUUGAUAUAAAAAAUGUUGUGUAUUGUCUGCCACUCUCCCCCAGUGGCUAUGUAUGGCUCUGCCAGGCCCUGGGCUUGCAUGCUUAACCCAAUUAGAACUGGGAUUCUAAACCCAUCGAUCGAAGUGGGCAGGCUCGAAUAUGGCAGGUCAGGAAUUGCGAUUCGCAGAUGUGAUGCAACCGUUCAGACAGCUUCCUCUGAAAUGUACUAGCGCAAGCACUGUGAAUGGCGAUAUUUGAUUAUGAGACUCCAUCCUAUUGUCCCUCUGGGCUGCUGUAUGGCGAGUGUAGUGCAUGACUCUUUGUAUGCCUCUACCUGUGGUCACAGGUCUUUGACCUCCUAAUGAACGGCUCUGAACUGGUGGACAAGCUCCACACUAGCACCAGGUACUUUCGAUCAGCUCUAAAGGGCGCCGGAUUUACACUGAGGGGAGAUGACCAUCCCAUAGUGCCUGUUAUGUUGGGGGAUGCUCGUUUGGCUGCGGAAUUUGCUGACGAGAUGCUGGAAAGAGGGAUCUACGUGAUCGGGUUCAGCUAUCCAGUUGUUCCAAAAGGUGAAGCCAGAAUCAGGGUCCAGAUCUCAGCCGUACACAGUCACACUGACCUGGACCAAUGCAUCUCUGCUUUCAUCGACAUUGGGAGAAAGAGAGGUAUCAUCCCAUAACUAACUGAUUCCAAACACUUUGUGAGCUCAAAAUCUAGAAUUGUAUGUCAAACAUGCACAGUGACAUAUGUAAUGUAGUCUUUUUACUCCAUAUAAAAUCUUUGUUGUUUGAUGAUUUGUACAAAAUAUUGCUUGAGACACAGGCCAGCUGUAUAAUAAACAUGACAGCAAAUUUUAAAGCCGAUCUGAUGGGCCUGAGAUGAUAUAUAAUUUAUCUAUGGACAUGUAUUUUUAGGGAGAACAAAAGAGAGUGAAGUUGAGCCUGUUGUUGGGAUGGUUGAUGUUUCUAGAUGAAGGAAGACAUUAUACUAAUAACAUGCCGUACAGCCACAGUUCCUGGCAAAGACACUGACAUGGCGUACAGUUACGGUUGAGUUGUCUGCGCAAGUGAGGUUGAGGUGUAAACCAAUCACUCCCCAGUCUGUGCUGCUGCAGCAAUUGCACGUGGUGAUGAACGGAUCCACUCGCGCGUCUUGUCUGCAGAGCGGAGAAUGAAGAACCAAUAAUAAUCGGAGAAUCUGUGCUAUUAUUACAUGGGACUAUAGCUAAUGCAGAUCUACAGUUUCUGGUCUGCUGCGGUUGUUCUAUCACUCACCUCCUGCGGAAGACGUUGGGUCUUUGCUCGGAGUUGCAUCGGCCGGCGCAUGAGAAAGUCGGGUAUUCGCCGACGCAGCCCUGGAACUCCAGCCGCAAGUAGUGAGAGUAGAGGUUGCAGAAAGCCUGGCCUGGAGUGAGCGGACCUCCACCGCUGCCUAUUUCUCCUGGUUUCGCGACUGAUGCGGUAUGGUUGUUGACGUUUCUCGUCAUCUCGUCCAUGAGCCGACUGUAGGUGUCGGCGUCCUCUGCCCCCGACCCGGAGCCCGGUCUCAGCUCCCCGGACUGCGCACUGGCCAACAGC